AUGCAUAGAAGGCGAGCUUUGAAGGUUUGCACUUCUUGCCAUGAGAGAAAGAUCCGAUGUGACGUGGAUAUUGUUGAAGUCCCCUGCACCAAGUGCUCCGAGACGGGCAACCAGUGUACCCUCAGGACGAGGAAAGCUUACAGUCCUAGAGGACAGCAGCUGCAACAGACCACUCGACUGGCAGCAGUUGACAACUCCCACGCCGACGGGCAGGGUCUUGUGCACAGCGAUGUAGAAGAUUCCAACUCAGCGCCAAGCGUCUGUCCGCAAAAAGUAGCCAGAGAGAGCCAGUUUCUGGGGGCUGGUAUCUCGUCCCCCUCGGCCACAGUCACAGCAUCCGUUUUCAUCGGAGACCAACAUGGCUAUGGAGCAGUUCUUGACGCAACUGUUGGCGGCAACGUUGCUGAUCGCCGUUUGCUGAUCGCCACCACCACCGGAAAAUCGCUUGCUCCAGAGGAUCUGGAGUAUUUACGGGCCAAAGGGUGUUUCUCUCUUCCCAGCGAGCAAGUGUGCGGGGAGCUGAUAAAAACGUAUUUCUGUUUCGCCCACCCGACGUUCCCGGUCCUGGACGGCGCUGCUUUUCUGCGAGAGUACGCCAAUCGGGGUCUGUCCCACAUGAACCUGUUACUCGUAUGGAGCAUGUUCUCGGUUGCUGCAAGUUACAUCUCCGACACCACCAUGCAGGUCGCGGGAUAUAAGAGUCGCGUCAUGAUGAAAGACUCUAUCGUCACUCGUGCGAAAUUACUCUAUCAGCUAAGCCACGAGAACGACAAAACUGUGCUUCUUCAAGCCGCGUUGUUGUUGAGUUUCUGGUUCGUCGACGCAGAUGAUAUUAUGCAAUCAUGGUAUUGGUCCGGUAUUGCCUUUGGACUUGCACAAACUCUGGGUCUGCACCGUGAUCCUUGUUCUGCACAUCAAGACACCCAGUCUGCGUUCGGUCGAACCCUCUGGUGGUGCUGUAUGCUCAGAGAUGCCUGGCUUGCCUUCAGCAUGGGUCGACCUUUGAGGCUGAAUCGCGAUGAUUGUAGUACUCCCAUGCCGCUGAUUCCCGGAACUCAACUGAGCUACCAAGGAAUGGUCUUUGAGGGCAAGGAGCUGUACAGUUCCAGCGAUGCGGCUGCAUUUGCGGAGAUCUGGCAUCGCCUGCUCAUAACCAGCGAUGCUCUGAGGGAGCUCCUGGAAGAGAGACACAAACCGCGCCAAUCUCGGAGAUUGAGUACACAUGUCGAUGAACUUGCCUCCCGGGUGUUUUCUCAUAGUGAAGCCUUUAUCGGCCUCAAAAGCAAGAUUUCUCUUCCCCGCCGUGUGGCCAUGCAUCAAUUGCAACUUUAUGAGCAAGCAGCGCUCAUUGCACUUCUACGACCAAAUCGCUCUGAGCGGACCGGUGAACGGCUACGUGCGGCGGCGGCAGCAUCCACCUCAGUCUUACAGGAAUUCAUAAACGACGGCACAGUGGCCUAUGCUAGCCCAGUGAGCAUCCCCCUAAUAGCUCCCGCCAUGCACACAUUUCUGCUUACCAUGAAAUCAUCGAAUCCACUGUUGAGAAAAGUCGCUGUCAAUAACCUCGACAUGCAUUUCUUAUUUUUAUCUGAGCUUGAAGAGAAUUAUCCAGCCGCUUCUAUCGUGCACAACCUUUUCAAAGCAGCCAAAGAAUCUGUCGCAUCUCAGACCGCUGCGGGCGAACACGACAAUCCAGAUUCCUCCUCUCGCACUCCUCAGGGUUAUGCCUCCACAGGGCCCAACUCUACCAGCCAUUCGUGGAGCGAUUGUCCAUUUGACAAAGCUAAUGGUCCAGACUAUUUUCCCUGGCUUCCAGGUGGUGCAGGUUACGGGAACGAUGCUCCUUCCACGUGCUAA